CUCUCUCUCUCUGCUGUUUGAGUUUGCUUGAGCAUCAAUUCAAGGAGGUAAGCUUGGGCAAUCUCUUCUCUCUUGUCGAUUCAUCAUCUUUCGAUCAUCGGUUGUCGUGUCGGUUCUGUUUUUGAGUUCUGAUCCGAGCUCACAUGGCGACCGAGACGAAACCCGCGACGGAGGAGGCGAAGAUGGACCUGUUCGAGGACGACGACGAGUUCGAGGAGUUCGAAAUCAACGAAGAAUGGGAGGAUAAAGAAGAAGGGAAGGAUGUGACUCAGCAGUGGGAAGAUGACUGGGAUGAUGAUGAUGUCAAUGAUGAUUUUUCGCUGCAGCUGAGGAGGGAGCUGGAAAACAAUGCUGAGAAGAACUGAGACAGAUUUGGAGAACUAUGCUUGCUUCAUUAUGUUUCGCCUUCUAGACUUCAUGGAUGAUUCCUGGCCUUUUCUUUCUUUUCCCCUUUUUGAGAAUAUCAGCGAACUUCUGAGUUUGAGGAAAUGGAAUUGUGAACAGGAUUUGACUGCAAGUGGUGCUUCACUCGAAUAGACAAUUGUACUGAUAGUGAACUCAAUACUGUCUUUUGAUGAUGAUUUGAGAAGCAAUUGAAAGCGCACGAGUUCAGAUCCAA